AUGACAGCCAAUACCAACGUACUAACUGUCAUGACAGCCAGUACCAACGUACUAAUCGUCAUGGCAGCCUGUACCAACGUACUGACCGUCAUAACAGCCAAUACCAACGUACUAACUGUCAUGACAGCCAGUACCAACGUACUAACCGUCAUAUCAGCCAGUACCAACGUACUAACCGUCAUGACAGCCAGUACCAACGUACUAACCGUCAUGUCAGCCAAUACCAACGUACUAACUGUCAAGUCAGCCCGUACGAACAUACUAACCGUCAUGUCAGUCAGUGCCAACGUACUAACCGUCAUGACAGCCAGUACCGUGUUAUAUUAUCAAUACUGUUUGGGAUACUGUCAACCCCUGGACGAUAUGUGUCUCAGUUUAUGCUGGCCAACAACACUAGAAAACACAACCGCAGUGAUCGAUUGCCCUCCAUCGGCAUUCUGGGGAAAUACAGGGAAGAUUCCACUAUUUUGCCAAGCAGGUGGAGUAUGGGACAAUGCCUCGUUAAGCACUGGAAAUGUAUUCUCCCUGUGCAUGGACGAUGUGACCAGACGGUUACUCGGUGUAGUGUACGACCAUACAGCUACAUUCGACCAAAUAGAGCUUUAUGGAAAUGCGAUGUCGGGCUCGAGAAUUCUACAGGCUGUUGGGUAUUCCAUAUCAUUGACUAGUUUAGUAGCGGCCUUAUUUAUAUUCUAUUCCUUCAGGAGCCUACUAUGUCCUCGGACUCAGAUCCAUAAACAACUAUUUAUAUCUUACAUUGUGUGGAUUGGUAUUGAAUUCAUAUUGUCCUUCGACUAUGCUUUCCAGCAGGAAGAGAAGCAAAAGGAGUUAACACUAGGCUGUAACAGCAGUGAGGCCGUGGAGCAGCACCACAAUACCAUACGAAAUACGCCAAUUCUAUGUGAGACAUUCGAGUUCGUCAGGGAGUAUACCCGUGUAUGUGUGUUUACGUGGAACUUCGUGGAAGGUAUAUACCUCCACAGACUGUUAACGGCAGCGGUGUUUCACAAACCGAAUUUUAAAGUGUAUUACUUUGUAGGCUGGGUUGCACCUCUACUACCCGUCAUAGGAUGGGCUGUGGCCAUGUCGUAUACCAAUAACCAAAACUGUUGGUUUGGCUAUUAUUAUUCCCCUUACUACUGGUUGAUCGAAGGACCACGUAACGCCAUCUUAUUUAUCAAUUUGAUUUUUCUGAUCAACAUUGUACGGGUUCUUAUCACGAAGAUGAGAGAAAGUCAUACGACAGAUACCAUGCAAGUGAAAAAAGCCGUUAAAGCAGCAUUGGUUCUGGUACCUCUACUGGGAGUUACCAACCUAUUGUUUCUGCCAGACAGACCAAAAGCCACGGCAGAAGCUUGGGUGGUAUAUUUAUAUUUCUACGCCACAAGUAUAUUAGUUACAUUUCAAGGAUUUGUAUGUGCGAUGAUUUUCUGUUUCUGUAAUGGCGAGGUGCAACAAGCCAUUAAACGAAGAUGGACGAGGUGGCAAGAUGCACGGAACCCAAUGAGUAGUGGCAGGAGAGGAACCACCAACAACACGUGCACGACAGAGAUUAGAAUGAACUCGGUUUGCAACAAUCAAUUUGGAGUGAAUCGGAAUAGUGAUUCUGACGUCACUGCUGUGUAGAUGUUUAAUCGUGGUGCCAUCAUGCAAUUAAUAUCAAGAUGGAAUUACAAAAAGCUUAUGGUUAACAUUCGACUCCCAUAACUA